UCCAAGUCAAACCGGAAUUGGAGAAAAUGGGAAAGCUACUGAGUUAUACGAGCGACGAGUAUGGAGGUGUGAUCGUCCAGAUGGAUGGUGACUCGUCUAUGGACUCUCCCACUUUCGUUUCAUCUCUCAACUCUUCACUCGCGCUUUGGAAGCAGCAGGGGAAGAAGGGUAUUUGGCUAAGGUUGCCUAUACAACAAGCCUACCUUGUUGAAGCUGCUGUCCAGCGAGGAUUCUGGUACCACCAUGCGGAGCGUCAUUAUCUGAUGCUGGUGUAUUGGAUCCCCAAAUCUGACCAUACUCUCCCUCAAAAUGCCACACAUCGACUCGGCAUUGGUGCUUUUCUUAUUAAUCAUAACAGAGAGGUGCUUGUAGUCCAAGAAAAGGGAGGAGAAUAUGGGGGGAAAGGCCUGUGGAAGCUCCCUACUGGAGCUGUUGAUGAGGGGGAAGAUAUAUAUGCAGCAGCUGUGAGAGAGGUUAAAGAAGAAACAGGAAUUGACUCCGAGUUUGUAGAAAUUCUAGCUUUCAGACAGAUCCAUAAGUCGUUUUUUGAGAAGUCAGAUUUGUUUUUCCUGUGCAUGUUGCGACCCCUCUCCUUUGAUAUCCAGAAGCAGGAUCAAGAGAUAGAAGCAGCCAAGUGGAUGCCAUUAGAGGAAUAUGCAGCUCAACCGUUUGUCCAGAAAUAUGAGUUUUUGAGGUAUCUCCAUGACAUAUGCAAAGCAAAGAUAGAUGGGAAUUAUACUGGAUUUUCUCCAAUUCCUACAAGAAGUUAUUCCGUACAGAAGAGCUACUUGUACUUGAAUGUUACUGAAGCACCCAAGAAACAUAGUAAACUUUGAUCAUAUGAACUUAUAAAGUACUUCAUUCACGAAGAAUUUUAAAUGCAGAAAACUAAUCAAUGUGAACUCAUGAAGCAUAAGAAUUUUGUGAUCGACUGUAU